UUAUACAGGAGCCGUCCUUUGGGAAACGAGUAGCCUAGAACAUUGCAUUACCUCCUCAAGGCGCUCCUAAGCCUUUCCCUUAGUUAGAAGUCCAUUAGCUUUUGGAAAUGGCUUCAAAGCGCAUUCAGAAGGAGCUGCAGGACCUUCAGAAGGAUCCGCCCACAUCUUGCAGCGCUGGCCCUGCUGGUGAUGACCUCUUCCAUUGGCAGGCAACGAUUAUGGGCCCUAGCGACAGCCCGUAUGCGGGAGGUGUCUUCUUUGUAAACAUCAUGUUCCCGCCGGACUACCCGUUCAAGCCGCCCAAGGUCACUUUUCAGACGAAGGUGUACCACCCCAAUGUGAACAGUCAGGGAAGCAUCUGCUUGGACAUCCUCAAAGACCAGUGGAGCCCAGCGCUGACCAUCUCGAAGGUUCUCCUGUCCAUUUGCUCCUUGCUCACAGACCCUAACCCAGAUGACCCGCUGGUCCCUGAGAUUGCCCACAUCUACAAGACUGACCGACGUCGGUACGAGGAGACCGCAAGGGAGUGGACCCGGAAGUACGCUAUGGGCUAAGUUCCGGUCUGUACAUCAAACAAGGCGCGUUGGGCAGCUGCAUAGCGCAGAGCAUACGAGCUGGUCGCCAUGUAAGGCACCUUGGUGCAGCAGCUUGCAGGAACGGAGGACGCGUAUAGCUCGUGCUUGUUAUUUGAGUGCCUAGCAUGCUCACGGACAUGCGUUACGUUUUGAGGGCUGUUUACCGGGCUGCUGUGUUGGCUAUUGCCAGGCAACGAUGUAUUGUUUUUCGUGCCUAGCGUGGUGUGACAUGGUGAAAGAAUGGGACGGGAUUUACACAUGGAUUGUGAAAUAGGGGCAUGGGGUAAGUAGAGUCUGGUUGGGAACACGGGUGGUGAGGGGAUUUUUCUGACAAGAGAUGCAAUGCAGCCGUCAUACGGCACAGGCUUGAGGCACAAGGCAGGGAUGUGUAUUCCGCGACUGUGUAUUCCAUACAUGAAUAUUCGUGCAACCGCCACACAUCUACAUUUAAGAGAGGAUUGUAGGCCGUGUGCCAUCUUAACUUUAGACAUGCGGACAUCGCAUCGAGCUGCAAGCAGAGUAUGGCAAGAGAUGGUUUGAAAAGUAGGUAUAUUGUGUUACUAGUCGUGAUUGUAAUUGGGAAUCGUCUCCAGGUUCCGCGUGUACGGGGAUGUGGUGCCGUUGUAAGUUGCAUAGUCACGCUUUG